UACUUCUUGUUGAGAUGUUCUCAUUCCUUGUGAAAUAAUGCUGGUUUCCCCAAAAAGAGUAAUCUAACAAUCGAGGAUGAUACAGAAUUGCAGGACUGGAGCUUCGGAAUAUACUAUUCUGGAAGAGAGAUGGAGGUAACUUCCGGAGGAUCUUCCUGAGCACAGAGUACCGAGAAUCCCGGUACGCAAAGGCAAAUGAAGAAUCUCCGAGCGACAUGUAGAAAUGAUGAAUUGAGCAACGUGUUUCGCAGAUUGGUGUGUGGAGAAGUGCAGAUCCCUCGAUUGGUGUGAGGAGUGAAGAGCAGAGACAAUCUUACAGAGGACAAGAUGGCGAAGAAUCUCAUCAAGAUCGACAUUGUUUCGGACACCGUCUGUCCAUGGUGCUUUAUCGGCAAGAAGUAUCUCGAGAAAGCUAUGCGUUCCUGCGAAGACAAAUUUGAUUUCGAGGUCAGAUGGCAUCCUUACAUGCUAAAUCCCAAUGCUCCUAAGGAGGGCGUGAAUAAACUGGAGCACUACAAGCAGAAAUUUGGAAGUACGCGUGUGCAGUCUAUGGUAGAGCGUGUGGGUCAGGUGUUUGCCGGACUGGGUGUGCAGUAUUCCAUGGGUGGCAAAACUGGCAAUACUUUGGAUAGCCACCGCCUGAUUGCUCUAGCAGGUCGUCAAGGUCUUGAGAAACAGAACAAUCUUGUUGAGGAGCUCUUUUUGAACUACUUCGCCGAAGAGAAGCACCUUGGUGACAGGCAAGUGCUUCUGAAUGCCGCCCACAAGGUGGGAAUAGAGGGCGCCGAACAACUGCUUGACGAUCCAAAUGCGGGAGUGAAGGAGAUUCACGAGGAGAUUCAGAAGUACGCAAGAGGAGUAAAUGGUGUGCCGCAUUUUACGAUUGGUGACCGCAUCCAGCUUUCUGGUGCUCAACCUCCGCAGUCGUUUGUGGAAGCUUUCGAAGUGGCCGCAAAACCCCAAUGAAGACCUGAAAACGGAUCGUAGUAUACAAGGUUGUAAUAGUUUUUCAUCGCUGUGAAGAAAGGGAGCCUCGAAUAAAAAGGCUCGAUUGGUGCACCACUGUACAUCAGAAUAAAAAGAUCGUGAACGAAAACUACUUUUUCUUUGUGGAAAUAGUAAGUGCUAAGCUUCGCUGAUCAGAUGUUAGCCGUCGACAACUUUGUCAGCACGUACAUGUUGAUAUCUAAACUAGGAUCUUUACUUUUCAAUCUGUUACUGGCUGAAAGAGAUACCGGGAAAUGAUUGAGCUUGUCAGUUUUUUCAAGUGUUUUAGGCUUUCCUACAGCUGAUCGAUACGACUUGUGCUCUCGCAAUUGAUGUGGAAAGAAUUAAAUGAGGUUCCGCUUAAUUGGAUGCGGUCAGAGAUACUGACUGUGCAACAUGUCGAGUUGUUCUGUUGUAUAUAUGCUAUACACGAUACGC